AUGACAAACUUAAGAUUAGAGGAAAUUCUAGAUAAACGAAGAAGAGAGUGUAUUGUUUCUGCCUUUCUCGAGUACAAAAUUACUAGACUAAGUAACAGGCCCUGCAAAGAGCAAUUGUUCUCAUUGGAGCAGAAAAACAAGGAUGAUGCUGGUGAAUUUCAAACCAUUGAAGUAAUUGUCUAUGAUUACUUUAUUAAUAGCCGUAACAUUGAUUUGCCAUAUUCUACCGAUCUUCCCUGUAUCAAUGUCGGGAAGCCUAAGCGUCCAACUUACUUCCCUAUCGAGGCUUGUAUGAUGGGUUUUCAGAAGUUCUUGAAUAACAAGAGGUCUUCAAGUAUUAGCGACAAUGGGGCAACUGAACCUGCUAGGAUUCUUCUGGAGAGGUGGUUCGCUCAAACACAGAAACUGAAGGAACAGAUAGGCAGAGAUCCUCACUCGCCUUUAGUUACUGAGUUAGGUUUGUGA